AUGCUUAACACACCGGAAAUCGUGCUUGACCAGUUCUGUGUUUCUCUUCGAAAUGGGUUUCUUCCCGACACCCUUCCUCUGCAGAAACUGAACGAUCCAUACUACUUCCCGUGGGAGGAAGUUGUCGCUGAUCUACCAGCUCGGCUCGCAGCGGGAAAUAUACGGCAAGCGGUUGACAGUCUUCCUAUCCUCGCAACGUCCAGGCUGCAGGAAGAAUCAGAAUGGCGGCGAGCAUAUGUUGUGCUUGCUUUCAUCACUCAUGCCUAUAUCUGGGGAGGUGAACGGCCAAAAGACGUUCUCCCACCAGCGGUGUCGUGCCCCAUCCUGGAGGUCUCAAAGCAUUUAGAGCUGCCACCAUGUGCUACCUAUGCCGCUUUGAACCUCUGGAACUUCAAAGUCUCCUCCCCUGAUAUAGAUCUCACUGACCCGGACAACUUGUCUAUCAUCACAACGUUCACCGGUACCAAGGACGAAGAAUGGUUCUUCAUGGUCUCUGUUGCUAUCGAAGCCAAAGGAGCGGAUUUAAUUACCCUGAUGCUCAACGCCAUAUAUGCAGCCAACCUGGCUGACCAUCAAAGAGUCACCACUUUACUUUAUCAAUUGAGAGAUGGCCUGCAAGAGCUUGGCGAAAUUCUGGAGAGGAUGUAUGAAAAGUGCAACCCCUCCGUCUUCUUCUAUCAACUCCGCCCUUUCUUGGCUGGUAGUAAGAAUAUGGCCUCAGCUGGACUGCCGCAGGGUGUCUUCUACGAUCUGGGAGGCCACGGAGAGUGGCAUCAGUACAGCGGGGGAAGCAAUGCGCAGAGCUCACUAAUCCAAACAUUCGAUAUCUUUUUGGGUGUGGAGCAUUCAGCCACGGGAGAAGCGAAAGUGAACAGUGCACCUCAGUCCAAGCCUAAGAUUGGCUAUAUCCAGGACAUGCGAAACUACAUGCCUGGCCCUCACAGACGUUUCCUGGAGAUGAUGAUUCGAACCUCGAACGUGCGCCAAUUCGCCAUGAGCUACAAAGCAGAUACAGAGGUCAGGAACGCAUACAACGCGGCAGUCAUGGCUGUUGGCGCAUUCCGGGAUAAGCAUAUUCAGAUGGUCUCGCGAUACAUUAUCACGCCUUCGAGGACAAAUCCAAACCAAAAUUCGUCUGCGCACGUCAAUCUGGCAACUGUGACAGCAGCGAAGCAAGUCGCACGUCCGAAUGACACUCCAGCAGGAUACAGUGGUACAGGCGGAACCGACCUAAUCCCAUUCUUGAAACAGACUCGGGAUACGACAAAAGCUGCGGCCAAGUAUACUGAUUAA